UCCCUCACCCCCGGGGAGACGGGGACAGUGGGAUGGAGGCGGCGAAGGGAAAGCAACCGGAGCAUCCCCCAGCUCCCUCCCUGCUUCGGCUCCAUGCAGGCAGCAUCCUCAUCCCGCAGUAACACAGGGAUCAGCCUCGUUAAUUACAUCUGGGGCAUCAUUAAGUCCAUUCAGCUGGCUUGGCUCAUGGAGCUGCAGGGACCCCAUCCCUCCCAUGGCUGCUGGCACGUGGUGGGACCAGGGGGACGGGACGCGAGCUUUGCCUGCUCACACAGUGUUUUUGGUGCUCCCCCACACCAGGAGGGCUCCAAGCUAGACCUGACCCUCCUCUUUGAGCUUUUUCCAGUCCUCAAUUACACCAGAGUUUCCCUGGGGAAAGACUUUUCUUUCUCAACCAGAGGAGUUGCCCUGGGGCAGGUAAACUGAGGCAGGGCACUCCAAAAUCCCUCUCUCUCCUGCUGGGUCAAAAAAAAAAAUCACUGCAAAACAAUAAUUUAGAGAAGUUUUCUUGAGAUGGGUGCGGGGAGAGGCGUGCGCUGAACUCACAGCACUAAGGGGUUCACUGCAGUUGUGUCAAAACGAGCCUUCCUCCUUUGCUCCAGUGAUUUCUGAUUUCAUUUUUACAAGCACUAAUUGCUUCCCGACAAAACCAGCUAGGAAGCAGCCAGACGGAGCUUUUCGCUUAGAAAAUAGUGAAGUGGAACAACUCUGGCUGCUCCGAAGCCCACAGACAUGCCCUGCAAAGCUCAGCGUCCCCUUUCCCGGCUCAUUUUCGAUGAUUUGAUGUUUUCCAGGCGCCUGUCAGUGGUGGAGAAGGACAGAGAGGGAGGGCGAAGCGUCUGCAAGGGCUGGUGCCCGUCCCGGGUCCUCUCCUUCCUGCCCUGCCCCAUCCCACGGUCCCAUCCCAUGGCUCCACACUGCCAUGGCUCUCCUAAACCAUUAAAUCCUCCAGUGUCCCCAGUGAGAUAACCCCUCGGGGCCCAUUCAGGUGCCCUAACUGGGUCCCAGAGAGUUUUGAUUAGGGCCAUUGGCUUUGAUAGCAUCUCUGUGCAAGGCUUGCAGUGAUUUUGGGGAUGCUGCAGUGGGCAGGGAAGGGCGAUGGGAUGCUCAGAGCAUCCUGCCACAGACCCAGCAGAACCUGGGACUUUUUGGCAGAGGGAGGUGCCCGCUUGUCCAGUUUGUGCUUGUAUUUGCUCUUUAAGCAUUAACACUAAAUAAUAAAAAAGCAGCGGGGAUUCGAGCUUGGGUCAUGAUGAGAUUUUAACUGAUUAGACCUCGGUGUCAGCUUCCUUCUCCGUGUUAUUUUACACCCCGUGUCACCUUUCAGGGCAAGCCGGGCACUUAACCUUUGUGCCGAGCGGCGCCGGGGAGGAAGUUCAUCGGAGCAAGCGAAUUUGCAUCAUAGAAAUGAUGGAUUAGCUCCGAUCAGAAAAUAAAGUGGGGCUGGAGACAGCUGGCCAAUGUGAGCAGGGGAAGCGAGACGAGUAAAAACGUUGCUUAUCUGGAUGCGUCUCCCAGCCCCGCGCUUUGUGAGGGUUUCUCGGGAAAUGAUUUCACCCCUCGGGAAGGCAGCAAGUGCUGGGGAGAAGAAACCAGCAGGAGCAUGGGGAGGGAAGGGUGCGCUUUGCAAGGGGCUCUGCCUUGCUGUGUCCUUGCUUGGUAGGAAAUCCUACUGUUGGAGAUAGACUUUAUUUUAAAAUUUGGAACAGUUGUGGUUUUUUUUCUUUCAUGUACUCCAAGAGCCAUUUCGAAGCUCUGUGUUUCAGUGCCAUGCUGGGACUUGCUUUGACUAACAAGGAUUUUUAACUAAUAGAAACCUGAAAGGAGGCCACGCCAAAGCGAGACCUUCUUGAAAUGCUGUGGUUUUUGAAGGAAACGCUGACAAAAAUCAGUACUGUCCCACAGCAUUUAUUUUCCCACCAGUUUGCACCUCACUUGCAUUUCAGCAGCUCAUGCUUUUACGUACACCCAAGCACAUUACACGCCUCUUGGCCCAGCAGGACAAAGCAUUUACUCUGUUUACUCCAUCGGGAACAGUUUUUGCUCAAAGAGGAGCCGGGUUUGUCCUGUCCCUUGAUUUCAGCACGAGCUUUGGCUGUGCUGACAAUGGGCAAACGCUCUCCGAUGACCUUCAGCACGUCCACAAACUUGCUGCUCCUUUUUCCAGACGUGUUAACAGAUGGGCUUCAACCGGGAGCGCUUUGGGCACGGAUGCCCUUGGCUCAGUCAAAUCCUAACCCCCGAGGGAAUUUCGGCAGCCGCUUGGCUGAGAUAUCUCCGGCCAUGUAGGAUGCGAGAGCUGAAUUUCGCAGCAGCCCCAGGGGCUGGUGGUGUGGUAGCGGUGUGAGCAUUGGUGGGAACAGGAGUUUUGUUGGCAUCUCCCAGUCUCGGGAUGUGAGGGUUUAAAUUGCUGCUGGGAUCUGCCUGGGGGUUCUGGUUCUGGAAGGGCCGUUGGUGUUUGUGCCUCCGGUGACGCCCGUGGCGCUGGGGCCCUCCUGGCGAGGAGGCGCGGGAUCCGCUCGGAUGUCCCGGGGCAGUCGGGCCCCAUGCAUGGCCCAAAGGCUCCAUGGAAAGCCGGUGACCAACGCGAGGCCGAACGGGAGCGCGACAGGCUGGACGUGACUCUUCUGGAUGAGCUGCAGAGACCUGAUGAAGAGGCGGUGGUCGACCAGGGGGGAACAAGCAACGUAGUCAAUAUUCACUAUGAGAAGGAGGAGCUGGAAGGCCACCGGACCCUGUACGUGGGUGUGCAGAUGCCCCUGGUGAGGCAGAGCCACCGGCACCACCGGCCCCGCAGCCAGAAGCAUCGGAAACGGGAGCGGGCCAAGGGGGCAGCCCCCGAGGACCAGGGCUACCACUACACCCCGUCCCAGCGGGUGCAGUUCAUCCUCAGCACCGAGGAGGAUGAGCAGCACGUCCCCCACGACUUAUUUACUGAGCUGGAUGAGAUCUGCGUGAAGGAGCGUGAAGAUGCAGAGUGGAAGGAAACGGCGAGGUGGCUGAAGUUUGAGGAGGAUGUGGAAGACGGCGGCGAGCGCUGGAGCAAGCCCUACGUGGCCACGCUCUCCUUGCACAGCCUCUUCGAGCUGAGGAACUGCAUCAUCAAAGGCACGGUGCUGCUGGACAUGUGCGCCAACAGCACCGAGGAGAUUGCAGAUAUGAUCCUGGACCAGCAAAACCAGUCCAGCGAAUUUGACGAGAGCAUGCGGGAGAAAGUCCGAGAAGUCCUCCUGAAGAAGCACCACCAUCAGAACGAGAAGAAGAGAAACAACCUCCUCCCCAUCGUCCGCUCGUUUGCCGACGUGAGCAAGAGGCAGCCAGACCUGCACCCCCUCGACAAGCCAGCCCAAACACUCACCCCCCACACUCCUCCCACCACCAUAGAAGCUAAAAAUGGGGUGAACCAUGACACCAGCCCAAUGGAUUUAAGCAAGGCUGAGCUGCACUUCAUGAAGAAAAUUCCUAUUGGGGCUGAAGCAGCAAACGUGCUCGUAGGAGAGCUGGAUUUCCUUCACCAGCCCAUCAUGGCAUUUGCCCGCCUGACCCCGGCAGUCCUCCUCUCAGGCAUGACAGAAGUUCCCAUCCCAACCAGGUUCCUGUUUAUUUUGCUGGGACCAGAAGGAAAAGCCCAUCAGUACCACGAGAUUGGCAGGUCCAUGGCUACUCUCAUGACGGAUGAGGUUUUCCAUGACGUUGCCUAUAAAGCCAAGAACCGGGCAGACCUCGUGGCUGGCAUCGACGAGUUCCUGGAUCAGGUCACGGUCUUGCCGCCGGGAGAGUGGGAUCCAUCGAUCCGAAUCGAGCCCCCCAAAAAUCUCCCUUCACAGAAAAAAAGGAAGACGCCAGGACUUCUUGAUGACAGCGCUUCUCACAGAAAGCCAGAAAAACACAGUGGCCCUGAACUAGAGCGAACGGGAAGGCUCUUUGGAGGUCUGAUCCUGGAUGUGAAGCGAAAAGUCCCAUGGUUCUGGAGCGACUUUCGGGAUGCUCUGAGCCUGCAGUGUCUGGCAUCCUUCCUCUUCCUCUACUGUGCCUGCAUGUCCCCCGUCAUCACCUUCGGGGGGCUGCUGGGGGAGGCGACCGAUGGCCACAUAAGUGCCAUGGAGUCGCUACUGGGCGCAUCCAUGACUGGUGUGGUCUAUUCGCUCUUUGCCGGCCAACCUCUCACCAUCCUCGGCAGCACCGGCCCCGUCCUCGUGUUUGAGAAGAUCCUCUACAAGUUCUGCAAGGACUAUGCACUCUCCUACCUCUCCCUGAGGACGUGCAUAGGGCUGUGGACCGCCUUCCUCUGCGUGGUGCUGGUGGCCACGGAUGCCAGCUGCUUGGUGUGCUACAUCACCCGCUUCACCGAAGAAGCCUUCGCUGCCCUCAUCUGCAUCAUCUUCAUCUACGAGGCUCUGGAGAAGCUGAUCUGCCUGGGAGAGACCUACCCUGUGCACAUGCACAGCAAGCUUGACUUCCUCACCAUCUACUACUGUAAGUGUGAGGCGCCGACCCAUCCCAGCAACGAGACCCUGCGCUUUUGGGAGAGCAACAAGAUCAACGUGUCUGCCAUCGCCUGGGGAAACCUCACGGUGACCGAAUGUCGGCAUUUGCACGGAGAAUUUCACGGACCUGCCUGUGGACACAACGGCCCCUACACACCCAAUGUCCUCUUCUGGUCCUGCAUCCUCUUCUUCUCCACCUUUGUCCUGUCAAGCUCCUUGAAGAUGUUUAAAACCAGCCGCUAUUUCCCAACCAGAGUACGGUCCACCAUAAGCGACUUUGCUGUUUUCCUCACCAUCGUCGUCAUGGUGCUCAUUGACUUCCUGAUUGGGAUCCCCUCACCGAAGCUCCACGUCCCCCAUAUGUUCAAGCCCACCAGAGAUGACCGUGGGUGGCUCAUCAGCCCCAUAGGACCCAACCCUUGGUGGACGGUGCUGGCUGCGCUCAUCCCAGCCCUGCUCUGCACCAUCUUGAUCUUCAUGGACCAGCAGAUCACCGCUGUUAUCGUGAACAGGAAGGAGCACAGGCUGAAGAAAGGAUGCGGGUACCACCUGGACCUUUUCAUGGUGGCUGUGAUGCUCGGGGUGUGCUCUGUCAUGGGCCUGCCGUGGUUUGUGGCUGCGACCGUCCUGUCCAUCACCCACGUGAAUAGCCUCAAACUUGAGUCUGGCUGCUCAGCUCCAGGAGAACAACCCAGGUUUUUGGGGAUACGAGAGCAGAGAGUCACUGGCUUGAUGAUCUUUGUGCUCAUGGGCUGCUCCGUCUUCUUGACCACUGUAUUAAAGUUUAUACCAAUGCCUGUGCUGUACGGUGUCUUUCUCUACAUGGGUGUAUCAUCGCUCAGAGGAAUCCAGUUCUUCGAUCGCUUGAAGCUGUUCGGGAUGCCGGCGAAACACCAGCCAGAUUUCAUCUACCUGCGGCACGUGCCCCUGCGGAAGGUUCAUCUCUUCACCCUGAUCCAGCUGACCUGCCUCGUCCUGCUCUGGGUCAUCAAGGUGUCCCGGGCUGCCAUCGUCUUUCCCAUGAUGGUUUUGGCUCUCGUUUUUGUCCGGAAAGUCAUGGAUUUCUGCUUCUCAAAGCGAGAGCUCAGCUGGCUGGAUGACCUUAUGCCAGAAAGCAAGAAGAAGAAGUUGGAUGAUGCCAAAAAUGAAGCCAAAGAAGAAGAGGAGUCUCAGAAGAUGAUGGAAGCUGCUGCUGCAAAUUCAGUCCAGCUGAACCUGGUGAAGACCAGCUACCUGGAUGUCCCAAAGCAGAACAACAGUGACAGGACUGAUCCCUCUGAGAUUAACAUCUCAGAUGAAAUGUCGAAAACAACCGUAUGGAAGGCUCUUACCAUGAACACAGAAAAACUCUGAAUCCGAGGAGGAAAGAGUUUUCCUCUUUAGGGAUCUUGGCUUUGAAGGAGAGGAGUGAGAACGUGACUCAGGGAUGAGCCAGCGCAGAAGCGAGGACAAAAUGCUGUUUCACAUGGAGGAAAGGAAACAAGUGAGCACAAGCCCUCCCUGGUUUUCUCCUCCGAGUAGCAGGAUUCCCAUUAAAGCCAUUUUCAAGACAUUUCCUGUUAUCCUUGGUGUGCUUCAGGCAUUCAGUAUCUCUAGACCAGCAAACUGAGGUGCACAUCGCAGUCCGUGGGAGUUCGGUGUUGUUCAGCCUCCGUGUGUACGUGCGUGUGUUGUUGCGGUUUUGUAGUGGUAGAGGGACGGCUACCGCUUCAUCAUUCAGUGCUAUUUUUUUUAUAUCUAAUCCCCCCCCUCCCCUUUCCCUUUUUUUCCAAAUAUAAACUCUGAAUGUACGAAAUUUUUUUCUGUUAUUUUUGACGCAUUCUCCACUUUCUUCUUCGUCACUGCCAGGUUUUUGGUCUGGUUUGGGGUCCUUGAUUCACUCUUAUGUCUGUUAUUGGUACAAGAGGGAUGCCCUCCAUGGCAGGGAGCAUGGAAAUCACCUGAGCAGCUGGGCUAUGGCUUAGGAAAAGGAUUUGCUCCAGUUUUGCAUUUUUAUUUUUUUAUUUUUGCUUUGGUUCUGUCAUCAGCCUGGAGGCUGCAGCACCCACCCAGCAAACAGCAGAAAUGCCACCUUCUUGUCCCCUGGCUGUAAAUUCAGAUAAGGGAGCUCUUAAAACCCAGGACUUCAGAUCCACUGUAUGGUUGUGGGAGCAGCCAGCUUCAUCUGCUUUCCUCCCUUUUACAUCCCCAGGGCUCUCUUUUUUGCCCCAUUCUUUGCAAAGAGCCUUUUCCUCCACAGGGCAGGACGAAGCAGGAGGAAAGUGGGAAGAUGCCUUUUCCUUUUUGCUCUCCCUGCUGCCUUGCAGGAAAACGCUGUUGAGCAGGGAUGGUGACCGUGCUCUUUUUGUCUUUUUGGCUGGGUGACACCCCAGGCAUGUGUGCUCAAGUCAAGGUCCUUUGUGGGGGCCACAGAGCCUGGAAAGAGAGGAGAACCCAGGAGGAAAAAAAGAAAAAUAGAGUGGUCCCAUCCCUGUCCAAACUGGCUCCAGGCUCUUGGUGCCAUGAGCGCAGCUGGGAUGGGUGCACGAGCGCUGCUGCCACCAUCUUAUCUGAUGGGAUGGCUCCGUGGGGUCUUUCUGUGCAUUGCACAAAUCCCAAGGGCCAACGACACAAUGGUGCUCCUCGGAGGAAAGAAUUCCUCUCCAAGGAUGCCAGCGGUACAUCUGCAAGUGGGGCAAAAAAGCGUGGAUUUGGUUUUGCAGGCUGUGCUCUGAUGGCUGCCAGCAUGGCGUGGUGGUUGACAGAGGGAGAGAUCUGCUUUAGUUCUCGAAGGGGAAAAUAAAAUUAGCUUGGAGGAAGGAAAAGGUGCAAUGCCUGGCUUCUCACCGAGCUGCUUGCAUGAAAGCUGGUGCCUGCUCCUCUGCAAUACCCAUGCACAUCCCGGCCCCGCUGCCUUCCUGCACCCCUUGGGCUCCGCUUGCUGCUCGCCAGCAGCCCCCAACAAGGAAUUGUUGCCCCUCGAGUUUUGGGACAAUGGCUUUCUUUCUGUCUGCCUCUAUUUAAAGAGAAGAGAGCCGUUCCCUCCUGUGGUCCAGGGACCGGGGCCAGAGGCUGGGAUUGUUUUCUGCACGCGCUCGGUUUCCUGCAGCUGGCAGCGCUCCCUCGCAGAGCAAGAAAGAAACCAGCCCGAAGGCGAGCGUGGCCGCUGUUCCGCGAGAGCGGGCUCACUCGGGUCUGCAUUGCCAACGGCCUCGGGGCUGCUGGAAAAUUCUGCUGGUUCCUUAUUUAAAAAGCAAGCCAGGCUUCCUCAGCGUGCCCUCGCACGGGGCGCACGAUCAUCUUCUGGAUUUCAACCUUUUUUUUUUCUUUUCUCCUAUUUACAGGGUUAGUCUUUUUCUUUCUUUUUAUUUUAUAUAUAUAUAUAUAUAUAUUUAAAAUAAAAGAUGAGGCCUCAUUAAUAAUGAAAUUGCAAUCACCCCUGGGGCCCACUGCAUGUCCUAGCACUGCUUCUGCCUCUCCCAUCUAUGCGCCAUCAAUCUGUGGAUUACUCCAUAUUUUGAGAGGAUUUGUGCAGAGAAAAAUUGCAGGGGGUGGGGAGAACCCUCCCAAAGGUAUUCCAGGAGUUGCUUUAGGAUUAAAAAAAAACUCCUUAACAUGACCCAUGAUGUUUUGGUUGGCAGCAAACCCCAUUCCCCUUGAUGCAGAAAGGGUGCUGGGUGUUAUCCUCAUCUUUGGUGCCUUAAAACAGCUCCCCGGGGCAAUGUGUGAGGUGCGAGAGCUGCUUCUUUACAGGAUGAUGCUUUAAAAGCACCCAGGGGUGCAAGGAGGAGGAGGAAGGUUUGCCAAGCCAGCAAUGUAAAAAGCAAAGCUCUGACCUCCCGUGGGCCCUUGUGAAAAAAUUCCCCAAAAUAAAAUGCACGGAAAGCUCUUGGGGGGAAAGGGGGGAGAAUAAAGGUAAUAAAUAAGAUGCUGACUUUUUUUUUUCCUUUUUUUUUUUUUUUUUUUUUUCCUCCUGGCAUGCUACAUGUAGAAAUAGAGAAAUUAUUUUUGUUUCAGAGAAACUGAAAUAUAAUAUAUUUAUUUUCUUGUAAGAGAUGAUCUAGUUUGGAAAUGCUCAGUGUUGUAAAUAAAAUGGGGAGGAAAAGAAAAUAUCUGACCAAAUCUGUGUUAUUUGCCAGUUCAAAGUUUUGAUUUUUUUUUUUUUUGUUAAGAAUUUGAUUUACAUAUGGCUUAUUCUGUGAAACUUGAACACCAUCAAUCUGUGUCGCUGUCUCGUGGUUCCUGUCUGCAAAUCGUGGCUGUCGAUUGACGUCUUUCACCCGUCACAGCGCUGUUUGCCUUGGUUUUUCUGUUGCUCAUUGAACAUAAUGGGAAAAUAAUCCAAUAAAAGUCUCGUUUGUCUCAC